AAGUUGGAUUUCUUGACAAUUACACUCCUCCCAGCUACAAUGCUGGUCAGGUCCUGCGCUUUAACCCGGCUCAAUGCCAGAUCACAAUGGGUCCGCUACAAUUCCUCCUAUCCUAUCCAUCGCUUCGCCGAGCUCGCUAGUCGCCCAUCGUCGCGCCACCAGAUCUAUCAGUCGCUAUCGACUGACCCUUACGUCAAUCUAUCGAUUGAGCACUUCCUACUAGAGAAUGCCCCGGCCGACUCCAGUAUCCUCUUCCUUUAUAUCAACCGACCAUGUGUUGUGAUCGGUCGCAACCAAAACCCCUGGCUAGAGACCGAUCUCCGCGCCCUACACAAUGAUCGCCGCCCCGAAAAUAAAAAUAUACACGACGAUGCCGCCGUUUACGUCCGUCGACGAUCUGGCGGAGGAGCUGUCUUCCACGACGAGGGGAAUCUCAAUUACAGCGUGAUCUCACCCCGAACGUCCUUUACGCGAGAUAAACAUGCGGAGAUGGUGGUUCGCGCGUUGCAUCGCGCUGGAGCGGUCAACACCAGCGUUAAUGUACGACACGAUAUCGUCAUGACCCCAGGGGAAGAACUACAAAAUGAUCCCAAUGAGCCUCCUGCGCGCAAGGUCUCUGGAUCUGCUUUCAAGCUCACACGUCACCGAGCUUUACACCACGGGACAUGCUUGUUGGAUUCGCCCAAUAUCCACGAUUUGGGUCGAUUCUUGCGCUCUCCAGCCCGUGGACACAUUCAGGCGAGAGGCGUGGAUAGUGUUCGGUCGCCCGUCGGCAAUGUCUCGCGCGACAUGGCCGACUCGUUUUUCUCAAUGCAGGCCGUCAUGGAUAAUGUGAUUGAGGAAUUCGCGCGUCUUUAUGAGGUAAACUCCGAUGCCCUCCUGCGGGCGCGACGGGCUCGUGCUUUGGAGCCGGAAAUCUUUGCUGGUGAUGACUGGGUAUCGGGUACAGUAGGUGACGCCCACGAGGAGCAGGAGCCGCGGAUUAAGAAGGGUGUUGACGAGCUGAGGUCAUUGGAGUGGAAAUAUACGCAAACUCCUCAGUUCACUUUCUCAACAUAUCCCAUCGAAGACGACCCCCGUGAACGUCCACCUCUUCCGUCCUCACUUCCCCCAUCGACACGUGCUUUCCUCCGCCUGAAACAUGGAGCUGUCAUUGAAAGUGACAUAUCGUUUUCUUCGAAUGAGACUGUUGCUUCUGAACAAGCGACCCGCGUGCACCAAGUCUUGAACGGCCAGAAACUGCAUGAGAUAACCUUUGAACGUUGGGUUGAGAUUCUGCAACACAGUCUUGCUGGCACAGACGAAGCAACCGAACCUGCCAUACAGGAGCUUUCCCGAUACCUUGGAGACAUGCUCGGUGGCCAUUAA